AUGCCUCUCCCCAUAGACAAGUAUCUCACGGGGUCUGGUACAUGGUACUAUGCCACACCACACGAACCAGUGCCCGCCAUACCACCCCCGCCGCCCCCCGCUCCGGCAGAGCUGAUAUCGCGGGUGGACGAAAACUUGCGGUCCACGUGCUCCGAGUGGUCCGGCUGUACUGCGAGCCCGAGAAAUGAGGGAAAUCAGUGGGACGGCGCACGAGUCGACAGGGUAGAUCGCUGGGUCGGACGUAUGGAUGAUGGAGGGACGGAGUAUACGUGGGACGAGGGGGGCCAUGUGAAGGAGAUGGAGGAUUGUCUGGCGCGGGCCAAGACGCGCAUGGCCGACUGGGAGGAGCGCUUGCACGAUGGGCUGCGAAUGAGUCGGCAGAUAAGCCGAGAAGAAUUCAACAUAAUGAUGAGCGGGUGGGACAGGUAUGUACGAGAUUUGCUAAGGGAGGGCCGGGCUGUUGACAUGGAUGAAUUCCGUGCGCUGGUCGAGUCGAAUGGGCUCGACACUAGCAGGGCCAGUUUGGAGGAGGCUAUCGAGAGGCAUAUCGCCGGGGUAGGAGAGUGGGCUGAAGAGCCCGAGCUGAGUCCUGAUACUUCGGAUCGCAACUGGGUGAACAAUUAUCUCACACCGCCACGCUUCAUUUCCAACCUCCAAGCAAUCGACUUUCGAGACCCUAUGGCUCUUCAACUGCUUAGCGGCGUCCUGUUGGACGAGCAUUGGACCAUGGACAUGCUUCUAUUUGAGUACAGCACCGGAGAGGAUACGGUGCAGGCAUUUAUCAAGCUCGGCAGCCGUAUGAGCAAGCCCUAUGUUCGGGGGAGAGAUAGAAACGACACCCGAGCCGAGAAAGAGGACGACACUGCUGUCGUGCGAUGCGUCGCUAGUCUCGGCAACGGCGACACGCACCCGCUCGGUAUACCAGAGUACAUGGUCUGCCUCGGGGAGGCAUUCAUCUUUACCAAGUCACGGACCGAUCCCUGCAAACCAGAAAGGUUCGUCUCAACAAACUACUUUGUCACCAUGGACAUGAUAAGUCCCAAAAACUCCAUCUGGCUGGUGUACAAUGCCGAGAGGGCCGACGAUAAAGGCCGAGUGUCGCAGGUCACGUUCACCAACCCGUUCGGAACGGGGCGCAUGUUCCUCGUCUGCUUGCUUGACUCCGUCGACAAGUGGGAGGUGUCUCCCGACAAGCCAAUGAUUCCGGGAGACCCCAGGGAGCAGAUAAAACAGAGAAUGAAGACAUUCAGGCUCAUGUUUAUGAAGGCUGACAUGGAGGAUGUGGUGAAGGAGGUGGACGCGGGUUGGGAGGCAGCGGACGAGGUCAUGGAUGAGACAUGA